UAUCUUAUCUGUUAUUACACAUUCACUACACAGGUGUGGCUGACGAGGACGUUUUUCCAGAAAAAGAGAUGAGUGCUGAAAUCAGCACCAUCCCCUCGUUACACUUGUAUUUGGAUUCCUUUUGGUCAUCCAGUGUAGGGUCCCACAGCCCUGACGUAAACGCCACCAACGCAUGGGUAACAGCACCCACAUCUUUGUACAACCCACCCGUUUCCAGCAGCGUUAGAAUGGACCCGGCCCAGUCCAGCCCGACUCCAGAUGAGUCCUCCGAAAUAAGUUCUGAGUUUCAAACCCAGCUCGACCUGUUCCUUAAGCUGGGGUUUUCUCAAACGCAAGUCCGUGCCGCUUUCCUUAAACUCGGCCUCAACGCAGACACCAACAGGGUUUUGGGUGAGCUGAUACAGGCUGCUGGGGAAUCAGAAGAGAGAGAGGAAUCGACAGCUUCCCCGGUGCUGGUUUCACGUGGGGAUGCUUCCUCUAAGGUCCGAAGCACCCAGAAUUACUGUCAUAAUGCUCCGGCAGUGUCAAGCACUUCAGAAGAGCUGGUAGAGGACGAGGACGCACUCAGACCAAUAGUUAUUGAUGGGUCUAACGUAGCCAUGAGCCACGGGAACAAGGAAGUUUUUUCCUGUCUGGGAAUUCAGUUGGCAGUGAACUUCUUCCUGGAGCGGGGUCACGUCGACAUCACGGUGUUUGUGCCUUCCUGGAGAAAAGAGCAGCCGCGACCUGAUGUACCCAUUACAGAUCAGCACAUUCUGCGUGAGUUAGAGCGGAGGAAACUCUUGGUGUUCACACCAUCCAGAAGAGUGGCAGGAAAACGUGUGGUUUGCUACGAUGACCGUUUUAUUGUGAAGCUGGCAUACGAAUCUGAUGGCAUUAUUGUAUCCAAUGACACUUACCGAGAUCUGCAAGGAGAACGUCCCGAAUGGAAGCGUUUUAUAGAGGAGAGGCUUCUAAUGUAUUCAUUCGUCAAUGACAAGUUUAUGCCUCCGGAUGACCCGUUGGGAAGAUAUGGACCCACCCUAGAAAACUUUCUCAGGAAGACUCCACGUAUUCCUAAGAAACAGCCCUGUCCUUAUGGAAAGAAGUGCACUUAUGGAAUCAAGUGCAAGUUUCAUCAUCCAGAGCGAACCAAGCAAUCCCAGCGUGCCCUGGCUGAUGAACUCCGAGACAAAGCCAAAAUUUCAUCCACACCGCACAAACCUCAACCAGUUUCCAGUCAGAGUCCGUCUCUGGAGGAAAUCAUGGAACAGAAACUCUCCCUGGACGCUGGCUCUCUCAAGAAGAGUUACGGCAGUGAAAAUGUCCUUGUCAUUAAAGCAGCCCCCCAGCCAACUCAAAGAAAGUUUCCUUUGAAGAAAGAACGACAGCAUUCGCCAACAAAUCUAGAUUCCUUUCCCAAUGGAUCUCAGGAGCGUUUGGAUUCUGGCUUGGGUUCCUACGAAUGCCAUUCUCCUGAAACUUCCCAUUGUGACCACAGGAAGUCCAAACCAUCCAACAGUGGGCGGCAUCGUUACGUUCUGGCCAAUAGCCAACCCUGCAGUUGCUGUUCCUACCAAUCCUUAAGCACCAGUGGAGCCGGUCAGCAACAUAGCAUGGGCCUGCCCAGCUCACCAAACCCAAGUUAUGCUCAACCCCAGUAUCACUCCUAUGGAGGAGGUCCAGUUUACCCACCUGUUAACAUGUCCCAGUAUUCAUUUCCACACAGCAGAGGGCCUCCUCCCCAACAGGGCUACUGGUCUGACCAUUAUGGUGGAUAUCCUCCAGCGUCCCACACUCCCAUGCAGCCAGAGAGAGGACAUGGACACUGGACGCCUUCCAAUCACAGUCCUCAGUGGUCCGAACGGAUGCAAGUGAGGAAGAAAUUACUUGCAAUUUUCAAUGCACGUUUGGUGGACAGAGCCAUGGACAGAUUCCCAUUUCUCAUGGACCCACAAAGACUGGCCGCAGAGAUUUUGACCCUUCAGUCUCAGGAUGGGGCUUUUUAAUUUAUCUUAGUUGAAGGACUAGGUGAUUAGACUAAGAUUCUGGCACCAAAGGUGUUACAACAAGUUCUCAGCCACAACCACAAGAAGUGAUUUCACUUGAGUCUAUUGCGUAAAUCAGUGUAACUCCGCCCACAGUGAAAUGUCUUCGUUCUACAAACAUAGAUGUCUUUUGUCAUGCAUUGUUUUGCUUUUCAGUAGGGACAGAAAAUGAAACAGUCACGUAAUUAGGUGUGGCUUUGCCCACAAAGAAACCUCAUUGGUCCAGUGUCCCGCUUCAUAUCAGAUAUGUUCUGAUUGACUGUUGAGUCAUUCAGCACAUUUCUUUCAGUGAGGACAGAAUUUUUUUUUGUUGUUGUAAUCUUUUGCAUAAUGCGAUGUAGCUCCACACAUAGUGAAAUCUCAUUGGUCCACAGUUCCGCCUACAUAAAAUUUGAUGUUCUUAUUGGCUGUUUUUGUCAAGUCAUAGGCAGUUUUGCUUUUAGCAAGGACAGAAAAAUUGAGACUUGACUAUAAAAAAAAAUUGACAUUCCUAAUCCGGACACAAUUUGAAAUUAGAUAUAUUAAUGUCUACACAAUUUUAAAAAGUAAUUUAAUAGAUGUUUAAUCUUUGACUCAAUACAAGCUAUUCAGAAGUUUUUAUUUCUGUUGGUUUUAUUAACCAACAGGGUUUUUUUCCAUCUUGCUGUGGUUGGCAAGAGUUUAAUAUCAUUUCUUUCCAUUGUUUAAAAAAAAAAUUAGUUCAUAUUUGAUCAUGGAAUAAAAAAAAUUCAGAUUUAUUUGUGGAAAAAUAUUUAAAUGCAAAGUCGGCAACUCCAAAGCUCCAAAAGUAUAAAAAAUAAUGUAUUAUUAAAAAGCUAUCGCAUAGCGUAUGUAGUGACGUUUCGAGCACGUAGGCUCUUCAUCAGAUUUAUUUGUGGAAAAACAUUUUUUUUUUAUGUGUUUAAAGUGUUAUUAUUUGUGGUUCUGCAUUAUUUGUGGUACCGAGUAUGUUGAAUGUGUUGGCACCGUGUGCCGUAACAGACAUUUGUUAAGUAGAACUACCACUAAGGUAGAAGAGUAUGCACGCUUUGGUGUAUUUUUCCAUUUUAUUAAGUGCUAACUUAAAAAAUAUCCUAAAGAAUGCAAUGAUCACCAGUGUAACUUAACAUAAUUUCUCAAAGUUCUCAAAGGUAAUUGCCAAUUGUCGUGGAUCUUUUGCUGCCUCUGUUAGUUUGUAUUGAGGCUGUUUAGAGUUAAAAAAAAUUUACUAAGUAGGCAAUUUUUUUUUGCCAUUUUUUGUUUUAUUUAGCUGCAUGUUCUUUGCUCAUUUAAAUAUGUCAUUUUCUUUUUUUAUGCUGUGUCUCAUGUUAUGAAAAUAAAAUGCCAUAUUUUUGUACCCA